GAUGACAAAAACUUCAUCUAAAGAGAUGAAUAUCAACAUCACUUCAUGAAUCACAUUCAUAUUUAUUAUCAUCACCAAUCUUCUUGUUUUAUAUUUUUGUAUGAAGUGUGACAUUUUAAAAAGAGGAACCAUUUAAUAGAUUUUUUUAAUAAUUUACUUGUAGGCUAGUUGUGCACAAAAUAUUUUUAUAUGAUUUGCAUAGUUUUUACCUCAAAUAUUGAACCACAUCUGUUUACUUAUUUCAAUGGGUCAAUAAAACAAAACCUGCAAACAUGACUACAGUAUAUGAGCUACCUACUCAACAUACAUUUCAUCAAAUAAUUGUAAACCUAAAUAUUUACAUCAAACCUAAAAUGUAAUUUCACAUAUAAAACUUACUAUGUUAAACUGCUGUUUGUCUCAGUUGCUAAAACUUGACCUGUUAUAUCAGAUGUAAGUUUCACAAAAACACUUUUGUUAAACACAUUUGGGCACUUUUGACCUAAAAGGAUCAACGAUGACGUGUGAAUUUAAUUUCCUGGCGAACCAGAUAGAUUUUGAAAAUACAUCUGCCAAUGAAAGUAAGUUAUUAGCAAAUCAAUUUCGCAAAAAAGCUUGUAUUUAAAAUUAAUAACUAAAAUGACAUUGACGUCUUUAAGCAGUCCUAACUACAGCUUGACACCAGGUUACACCUCGUAAAACCAGGAUCUGUUGUGACUAAACUGUGAAGUUUGUAUUUAUGAAAAUCUUUCAAACCAACCUUGCUUUGGGUGUGGUUUUGUAUUGUAUUCUACACGGAAGAAUUUAAUGUGUUGGACGUCAUGCGGCGUUGCGCAGACAGAUCGGAGUAUAAUAUCACAGUACCGCGAGAGCGAUUUAAAUGCUGUGCUUUCGAAUUGCUCUUGCGAUAGUGUGUCGUCAUACAUUGAACGAUCUGCGUCUCCGCAUGAAGCCGAGCACGCCUCUCUUUUUUUUAAGCGCACCUGCUGUGUUCACCUUAGAAAAACCGGAGAUAUUUAAACAUGGUUGCGACUGCUUAAACUCUGUGAACAUUGUGAAAGUAAACCGCAAAAAAUAAAACUAAACGGAAUCUCCCUGCCAGUAGCCCGUACGCGACGCUGAAUAAACACAGAUAAAGAGGACGUAGAGAGUGGCUUCAGGUUUAAGACUUCAGUGGUGUCAGAUUAUACUAGACCUUCACAAUGGCCUGUGCACAGCAAUCUGCUCUUAUCUAUCUUAAAAAAACCAGACCAAAUCUGGUGUCUCAAAUGCAAAACUUUCAAGUCAUUGUUGAGAAUCUUUAUCAGCGGAGAGUUUUCAAUGACUAUGAUGUAAAUGCUGUCAAAACAAAGUGGAACGACUCUGAUAAAGCUAGAUAUAUACUGAACCGGGUCAUUAAUGAAGGGGAAACGGCCAGCUAUGAGUUACUCAAGAUUUUGGAUUGCACUUGGAAAAGGACGUUACAGCCUACUUUACAUAAAUGGAUCAAACGUUAUUCCUUCAGAAAAGAUUCAGGGGCUGACUAUUCAUUUGGAACAAAACCCUGUAAAGACUUCCAGACGCAGCUUAAGAUGAAAGCAAAAAGUGUCCUGGAAAAUCAGAGGAAAUAUAGCAAUAAAUAUCUGCUACACAAACAGCAAGAACAUUUUAAUUUCAUACCUCUUGCUUCAGAAAAGGAAUAUGUGAUGGAAAACCAACAAUGCAAAGUGAAAAGACAUCGAUACAGAAAGCGGGGAUCAUACAUUCCUAACAAGGAUGAAACGAUUUCACCUGCCAAACUUCUGAAAAUGCAAGACAAGAAGAUCCUGAUAAUUGGCCAACCUGGAAUAGGAAAGUCAACAGUUGUUCAGGAAAUGUUACGUCUGUGGACAGAGGAGAGCAGCACAGAGCCAGACUACAUGUUUUACUAUGAUGAAAGCAUUUUGACCCACAGCUCAAAACUCAUUGAUUUGGAAUCUCUUUUGUUUGAUGUGUAUGUAAAAGCAAAAAACGACGACCAACAGGAAGUGCUUCAAGAUAUGAAGGACAAUUCUGAGAAUGUUGUUUUUAUAUUUGAUGGCAUCACUUCUGUGCAAGAAGAUUCUGUCUUAAAGAAGAUCAUGAACCAUGAUGUCCUACAUAAGGCAAAGAUCAUCAUAACAUGCAGAACAGAUGUGGAAGAUGAUACUCUUUUAUCAAAAUGGCCCACAAAGAAAGUUCAUGUUCAGGGAUUCAGUGAAGAGUCUAUCAGAAAAUACUAUCAGAUGAUGUUGGGUCAUAAUCCAGAUCUUCUGAAUGUUGUGUUAAACAAUCAAGAGCUGUUCAGUCUUAGCUAUGUGCCAAUGUAUGCGUUCAUGAUAGUGAAUAUGAUUCUUUACAAAAACGACAUUGUGCUCAACCAUUCACACACAGUCACGGAAAUGUACCUUCACAUUUUCUUUCAUGUUUUGAUGAAAUAUGGGGAUAAAAACCUCUUGCAAAUAGAUGAGUACCUGAAAGAGAUCAAAGAUCAGCUUUAUCCUCUGAUGAAAAAUGCAUUCAGUGCAACUGAGCAGAAAAGCCUGAACCUUCCAGAGAUCAGCGGUGAUCAAACAAACAUUUGUUCUGUGUUUCUAAAAAUGAUCACAAUAAGAGACAGUCCAACAUCUGAAGUGACAUACUGUGCAUUUCUUCACAACACAAUGCGGGAAUUAUUCUCCGCUUUGUGGCUUCUUGUGAAUCCAGAUGAAAUUGAGAAAGUCCUGAAACUCUGUCAGACUGAGGAGAAUAAACACAUGAGAUAUGUUCUUCAUUUCCUCUGUGGACUUCUGGGAGAACAUAACAUCAAACUCCUCAAGAGUCUUUUCCCAGAGGAUCAGAUGAAGAAAACAUCAGAUUGGUUGAUUGAGAAACUUUUGGACACUUUCCUUCAGCCUCAGAAUGAUGAUACAGACAUUGAUCUUCUGUAUGUGUGUCAGUGUUUGUAUGAGCUUCAGUCAUCUAAAGCUUGUUUAAUGUUCCUGGAGAAGAUGAACCAUCAGCUGGACCCUGAUGUGAAUCUGGACCCCCAUCAGUGUUGUGCUUUGUCUUAUGUGAUCAGUCAAUCCAGAGAUAAAGAGGUUUAUCUGAAUUUGGAGGACUGCACCGUCUCUGACACAGGAAUGAAGAUGAUUCUCUCCUGCUCACCACAGAUCAGAUUAAAGCCUUGGAGUGCUGCUUUCAAUCAAAUCAAAUUCUUGCUACAAUACUUUCAUAAAGCAUCCGUUCAUAAAGAGUCUAUGGAGGAGGAUGACAGGAUGACAUCACACUGCUUUUGCAACUCUUUUGAUUUUUACAGUAACAAACCAGAGCUGGCUGAUGCUCUGCUAGAUCUUUACUCGCAUGUGAAGAACUAUGAGAGUCAAACAGGCAGGAGUUUACUUCCAGCAUUAAAGCCAGUUUUCCAGUCAUUACCUGACGUUUGGUCCAUAGAUCUCUCAAAGAGAAAGACCUCCAUCCUCCUGGAAGUGCUGAAGCUUCAAACAGAGAAGAAACCAGUAGAGCUGAGAGACUGGACAGAUGAAGAGAGUCAAGUGAUGAUUUUACUUCACUGUCUGCCUUACAUCUCACAACUGAGGUUUGAGUACAGAUAUAUUGAGUCAAAACAAAUAUCUACACUGAGGUUUCUGCUGAGGAUCUGUGAUGCAGCUGUAAAUAAUGACAUCAACACAGGAACAAAUUUCAUUACUCAGCUGUCAUCUGUGUGCAGCUACAAAAACUUCCCUUUUGAUGAGAAACCUUAUGAGUCUGUUGAUUAUAUUAACAUGAAACAGAGUGAUUUCUUGCUGGAUCUUUACUCACAUGUUAAGGACUAUGAGAGUCAAACAGGCAGGAGUUUACUUCCAGCAUUACAGUCAGUUUAUCAGUCACCUGAUGUCUGGUUCAUAAAUCUCUCAAAGAGAAAGACCUCCAUCCUCCUGGAAGUGCUGAAGCUUCAAACAGAGAAGAAACCAGUAAAGCUGAUAGACUGCACAGAUGAAGAGAGUCAAGUGAUGAGUUUACUUCAUUGUCUGCCAUACAUCUCACAACUCAGCUUUGUAAAUCAAAAUACCAGUCAACAAAGCACAUUUUUUGUGAAACUCUUCAUAAGAGCAGCAGAGACUAAAAGACUGACUGGAGAGCAGAUGCUAAAACUCUUGACAUCAGUCUGGAAUUACAGAUCAAUGCAUUUUGAAGACAGCGUUAAAGAUGAACUGUGUGAUUUCCUGCUGGAUCUUUACAUCCAUGCGAAGGACUAUGAGAGUCAAACAGGCAGGAGUUUAAUUCCAGCCUUACAGCCACUUUACCGCUUAGUUCCUGAUGUCUGGAUCAUAAAUCUCUCAGAGCGAAAGACCUCCAUCCUCCUGGAAGUGUUGAAGCUCCAAACAGAGAAGAAACCAGUAAAGCUGAUAAACUGCACAGAUGAAGAGAGUCAAGUGAUGAGUUUACUUCACUGUCUGCCAUACAUCACACAACUGCAUGGUGAUAAGCGCUGUGUGUUAAGUCUCGUUAAACUGGUUCAGUUCAGAGAGAAUCCAGAUCUGGUGAUGUCACUGUUUCAGGCCCUGAACUUCAAUCUCAGUCUGAAUGGAAAAUUACCCAGCAGCACCUGCAGGUUUGUGGGUGAAGUCUUACAUCUGUCAGCGGACAAACUCACUUUCACUGUCAAACCUCAAGCCAUCUCUCUCAGAGGAACAAGACUUCUCUUCAGACGCAUCACAAACAUACACACACUCAGGUUGAGUGGUUAUAUGGUAUUAAGGAUAGUGCGAGCAUUGAGGUCUUCAGGGGUUGGAGCUCCUGUUAGUGUAAAUGAACUCUCACUUGAUCUGAAUGAUAAACAGCGGUCAGAGAUGGAGAUGUCCAGGGUUUUGAGCAGUUUGUCUUCUCUUCUGAGACUCUGGACUGUUCAGUGUUUAAACUUGACUGAAUGCAGGAUGAAGUCUCUCUCUUUAACUCUCCUAUUGUGUCAGCAGAGCCCAGCGACUCUCAGACUCUCUGAAGAGAUUCUCCAGACGCUGGCUGAAUGUGUGUAUGAAGCUCAAGAAGAGGAAGUGACUCUGUGCUUCCUACAGAAAGUGGGCGGAGAUUUGACUUCCUGUUCCUUCAGCUGGGAAAAACUUCACUAUUUCCUACAGUGUGAAAUUCCAUCAAUCACUCUUAACCUUGAAGAAAGAAACACGACACUCAACAUCAGAGAAAUACUGCCAUUUCUGAACAAGAUUCACUUUCAGCGUGUUGACAGACAGCUGUUAUUGAGAAUGAUUCACUGCUGCAGUUCAUCUGAUGUCCAGCAGGAGGCGUCAGUGGUUUUGCUCUCUGCCCUGCAGCACAAACUGGACUUCACCUGUGAUUCAGCACUGGACCUGACAGAAGACACAGAGACUCUACAACUGACUGCUGAAGACUGCCGUGUGAUAUCUGCAGUCAUUCAGAGAGCUUAUAAAGAUACACAAACCCUCACACAGCUGAGUCUACACGACUGUGAGAUUAAUACAGCUGGAAUCCAUCAACUCUUCUCAGUUUUACACUCUGUUAAACUCCGCUGUUAUAAAUCGAUCCUGCUUCAGUUUCUCUCUCAUGUGGGUCCUGGGGAAGCUGAAUCUCUUUCUCAGGCUCUGGGUGCUAAAGUGGAUCUCAGUCAGACUCAGCUGGACCUGCAGGUCUGUAGAGGACUGGCGCUGGUUCUGGAUCAUUCUGAAGGUCUGACAGAACUGGAUCUCAGUCAGUGUCAUCUAACUGAUCAGAGUCUGGAUCUCCUGCUGCCAAACCUUCACAAAGCAGAAAUCAUUGAUUUUAGUGGCAAUAACAUCACUCACACCGGGGCUGAGAAAAUCUACAAUGUCGUCUCUCAAUACAGUAACAUAAAGACAGUAAGGCUCUUCAACAACAAAAUUGAAUUCCAAAAGAUCCUCUAUAGAGACCCACGAUUUGAGAUCUGGUGAAGCCAAAAAACGUCUCUUUUGUCUUGAAUAUAUGAGCCAGUUGAAUAACCGGUCAAGAUAUUAAUAGUUGUGGGUACUGAUAAGGUAACAGGUGUCAAAACUGGAGUCGUUGAGAUUUGAGAUCAUAUUUAUAUUCACUUUGUUUAUUGCUGGUUUAAGGGAACAUUAUUUUUACUGAAUUGCUAUCUUUUAAUUAAAUUCUAUCAUUUAUAUGAAUCUUUUAGGUGUUAAUAGGUAUAGAUGUUGAUGCAGAUUUAUUGCAUUGUUUGUAUGUUGAUGACUUCACCGUGAUGGUGAAGCAAGGUCAAGGUUUAUUAACUCUUAUGGGUUGUUCAAAUUCACUACCCUUUCGGGUUGUUUGUGUACAAAAAUGGUCACUAAAUUAAACGGCUGUAAUAUUUUUUUUUUCUAUUUUUUUGCAUAAAUCUGUUAAUCAACCUCGGAACUGAUCAAAACUACCAAAUGUUUGCAAAAUUUCCAUGAUUUUAACUCUUUAAUUGCCAAGUUCACAAGUGGUGUCACUGAUUUGGGGGAAAACACACAAAUUGACCUAUUUUCAAUAUAAAAAGUGAUUGUGGACUGGAUUUUUUUAACCUUUUUUACAGUCUUGGGCAUGCCAAAGAUUGGUAAAACAUUGAUGCAUUUCUAUUUUUUUGUGUAGCAUCAGUUUUUAUUUUUUUCUCCCUCAUUUACUGUUUUUGCCCCAUUGACUUCCAUUAUAACAACAUUUUUUAAAUUUGCAAAGCCAUGACACCAUAUAAUCAUGCAUUCUUUAUUCUUUGUGGUUUUUCCUUUUGCUAAGAGGUAAAAUUUGUAAUUUUUACUGUUGAUCACCAUAUGGCAGUGUUUCUCAAACUUUUUCAGCCCAAGGACCACUUUAUCUUCCAAUUUUUUUUGAGGACCACCUAACAAAAUCUCACUCUAACACGCCCCCAAAAAAACUACAUAAUAGGAAGGAUAAGCUCAAUUUAAGUUUAAUAUGCAACUGUUUUAAGUCAAAAACUACUUUUUUAAACACAAAUGCAAUGCCAUGUUCAGAAAUUAUUAUAUGAAUUCUAUUUCAUUUUAAAAAGUAAAUGUGAAAUGAGUUACAGCUUAAUAUGAACAACAAACUGCACAUGUGAAAAAAAACUGCAAUUAAACAUACUUUAACAGCCUAGGUCUAACUUAAUGUCAUUCCAAAGAGCCAUUAGUUUAAAACUGAGGUGGUGGGUAUAUGAAGUCUAUGGUUGUAACUAUGGUAACAAUAAAAUACUAAAAAAAAAUGUUCCCCUUAAUGUCCAAAAUCACUGAAAUUACAGGGAUUUUACACAUGAAACAAAAACUAGUACACUACAAAACUAAUAGAUCUGUGGAUUUUAGCUGCUUUCAGUUGACGCUUGAUCCUUCUUUUGACUCCUCUUUGGUUUAGCCACCGAUCCAUUUUUACAUUAUUAAAACAGAAUGGCAAGAACUGAUAUCACAGUUUCACAAGUGCAUUAAAAAUCUACUUAAUAAGUGACGAUUGUAUAAACACUUGCCUAGUUCAGGUCAUCUUUUGGCGGACCACUAGUGGUCCGCGGACCACACUUUGAGAAUUACUGCCAUAUGGCAUAAUUAACCCUUGCCUGUGCAAAAAACAGAGCUUAAUUUCUGGCUUAAAACCGCCAACGAUCAAGAAUGCAUGAUAAUAAGGUGUCAUUACUUUGCAAUCAAAAAAUGUAAUUAUAAUGGAAGUCAAUGGGGCCACGAACAACUAAUUAGGGGGAAAAAACUGAUACUGCACAAAAACUAAAAUGCAUCAAAGCCAAUGUUUUUACUAAUCUUUGGCAUGCCCUAGACUGUGAAAAAGGUUUUAAAAAAAUCCAUACCACAAUCACUUUUUAUAUUGAAAAUAUGUAAUUUUGUGGGGGGUUUUUUUCAUAAAAUCAGUGACACCACAUAUGAACUUGGCAAUUUGAGUUAAAAUCAUGGAAACUUUGUAAGCAUUUGGUAGUUUUGAUCAGUACUGAGGUUGUUUAACAGAUGAAAAAAUGUGGAAAAAAUAUUAAUCUGAUACAUUUUUAAAGCCAUUUAAUUUAGGGGCUUUUUUGUACACGAACAACCCGAAGGGGUAGUAAAUUUGCCCACAGUUGAGUUUUUUGACAAAUUUCAAAGCAGUUUCUUAAAAUAUGUGUCAAUAUAAGAUUUGUCACCAAAAAUCAUUCCAUUUGCUGAAACACAGAGAAAGUUGUGGCCAAAUUAAGACAUAAAAAACCCAAAAAUGGCCUCAACAACCCAUAAGGGUUAAGAUCCCUUUCGGGGAAAUUUGGAUCAGCGGUAGUCAAAAACACAACAGACCCAUACAAUACAUUUUAAAAAACUGCAUAUAUAUACAGUAUGUAUAAAUAUAAUACUUAACAUUUCCUCAAGUAUUCUCAAGGCCAUUUAACAGCCAAAUAGCACAGAGGACAAAUGAGUAUUUAUAUCUGUUACUUUUUACCUUUGCAAGUUUGUAACAUAACCUUAAAGGCAGAACGCAAUGAGAUGUUAAGUUUCCUAAACAUCAGACGUUAAAAAAGGUUUUGCUGUUUUUAUCUUAUUAUUUGCUAUAGUGUCACUGUGUAGUAUUUCUAUUAGGGUGUGGUGGUGGUGGUGGUGUUGUUGUUAAAGUUUAUCUUUAGAGCUAAUAAAGAUAUUGUAAUCUUUUGGGGUGACUUCUCUGCUCAGAAGGUGCUUUUGGAGACUAAGACAGCAACACAAAACAUUACACACACAACCAAAACAUUUGAAUAAAAGUAUGAUUGAGCAAAAC